AUGCGUUUCCAACUUCUUGCGGUUGUCUUGUUUCUCGCCUCAUUGGUAAGAGCGCAAACCAUUGGUGCAUUUUACUCGUUAGGAGGUCCUACAGUCGUAUCUUUGGAUCCCCAGACCAAUACGUUUGUGUACAAUGUUUACUCCAAGAAAGGUUUCAGUUUGAUGAACUCUUUUGCUCCAACUAUUCCGCCGAAGAAUGGAACAUCUAUUGCUUGCGUUGGCUAUAGCAGUCCAUCAAGUGUUUAUGGUUCAAUAUAUUACCAAACGUCCAACAACAGCAUCGCCCAGCAACUUUUCAAAUGUUCUUAUGCCUCGGGGAAUUGUGUCAACUAUGGAGGAUACCUCAUCUCUGCCAAUGUCACAAUUCCAAUCAAACCAAAUACCGGCUUGUCAGCAGCAUUACUUUCAGCUGAUCUUGGAUAUCGAAUUACCUAUGAAGACAUAUAUGGUGCUGUUAGGCAGAUUGGAUAUUCCAACACAACCAAGGGAGUUGUCACUCCUUGGGCAGAUGGAGUCCUUGCCAGCAACUCCACAUCUUUGAAUGGGUCUGCUCUUGCAACUACAUUUGUCCAGAGUCCAAAUACAACAGAACCGGCACAACAGACCAUCUAUCAACUUGUCGAUGAUCAGAUUCUUCCAUUUGUUGACAAUCAAGCUACGGCUAUGAAUCAAACGCAGAGUUGGGUCGCAGCUGCUCCCAUCACAAAUCUGCCCAACUGGUACUCGACGAAUGCUUCAUUUGCUACCGUCAUCUACAAUCAAUGGUUAAUGUUGUUCUAUAUUGAUACUACGAGACAACUUCAAUGGCUCAGAUCGACAGACGGAGGGGGAACCUGGCAAGCUCAGCCUUCGAUGGACACUUCGAUUUGGCCUCUAGGAGAUACGCCAAAUGCUCCUGUUGCCGCUGCUACAUCGAUAAAUUCCACAGCAGAUAAUUCGGCAUCUGUCUUUUAUACCUCGAAUGGAACAUAUGUUCAAGCUAUUAUGACAAACUGGAAUUGGGUGCCCUAUGUUGUGGUUCAGCCAGUGAUAGCAUCCAAUACGACGAACAACACCACAAUUCCAUUGCGUCCUAUGACAAGGAAGGAUACGAAAGACAUUAAGAUUGGAGCGUCUACAGGAGGGAGUGUUGGAUUUUUGAUUAUCAUUGCUACUAUUGCUUGGUUACUUUUGCGUAAGAAGAAAGUGGUACCAACUCCCGAGAGACCAAAGAGUAUUGGAGAAUGGAGAGGAAGUGAGUCGGAGUUUAGCGGGAAAGCAGAAUUGCAUGGACAAUCAGCUCAUAUUUGUGAGCUUGAUCAUGAUCCAGAGUGUUUGUUGCUUCACCAACUUCAAUUGUAUAGAAUGUACGAACUGAAAGGGGAUAUUCCCGUGGAGUUGCAGGAUACUGAAGCUAGAAGGCCGGAGUUGGAUCAUACACUUUGUAAGUGUGAAUUGGAUGCUUCGGUUACGUAUGAGCUGCCUACUUGUUUGGAGAAGGAAAUGAGUAUUGCUGAAAGUUCUGGGAGAGGAAAGGAGGUAGCUGUGUCGGUGAAAGAAUUGCCAGCAUGGUCUUGGGAUAUUCUGAGCAGGGAGGGUAAAGAGAAGGGGGAUGAGGAAGCGAGGUUGGAGAGCAGAGGGAAGGAGAAGGCUGAGAAUUGA